AUGGAGCCGAUGAGUCUGCAGGAUGGCUAUGCGGACUUGCAGCUGCAAGACUCGCUUGGGCCGGAGCUGAUGAAGAUGCUAGAGGACUUUGGAGGUGUCGAAGAUGAGGCCUUUGGCAAGGGGCAGGCAGCAGUGGGCACAGCGCUCGAUGCUGCACUGUACGGGGGCCUAGAACCCUUUCCAGAGGACGAGAGUGGCGUCCCACUGCCCCGGGAACCCUCUUCGUUUGGAGUGAAGCCCAGCAACUUUAGGAUGCCUACCCCUGUACCUCCACAUAGCAGCAGCUCUGGAGCCCUUCCUGAGCUGUGCCCGCCCCCCUCGGCGUUCCAGCAGCCACAGUAUGCCAGCACUGCGCCCUUGACGCCGCCAACCCCUAGCAAGAACGUGACUCAGAAGCCCAGAUCAAUACGAAGGGCGCGCAGCAGCAUGGCAGCCCAGGGCCAGUCCAGGAGCGAGAGCGAGCCGCAGGAGCUCUUCAUGCGGCGAGCAAACUCAUCAGAGCUCCCAGACGCAGCUUUGCCUGGCCGGCAGGGCAAGGGCAGCUCCCCUAGGUCCAGCAGCACUGCCUAUGUGCCGUUCUCAGCCCUGAACGCCGUGGAAGUGUAUCCAGAGGAAGCGCCGAUGACGGCGAGCGGAAGGAGGAUCAAGCGGAGAGGCUCUGGGCGCAGCAGCUGCGAUGAGAUGGAAAUUGGUGUGGGCGGCACAGCAGCGGCAGCGCCAGCCGGGGCCGGUGGGGAGCACAGCGCGCUCAGCAGCAACGGCGCUGCAGAGGAGGCCGAUCAAGCCUCUCGCAUGCACCAGCUGCUGGAUGCUCAGAAGAGAGCCUAUGAGGCGAAACUGGAGGACAGCGGCAGCCGUGCCAGCGACCUGGCGAGGCAAAUGCUACGCCUGCAGAUGGAGAAGCAGUUGCUGGAGAAGACUCUGCAGCAGGUGCUUGAGAGCUCCGAGGCAGACCACGACGCCGCCGCGCCGCAGCCGGCCCCCCAGAAAGACGCCAAGGCCGCAGACGAAUCCCAGGCGCCUGGCAAGGCGCCGGUGCUGUUCAGUCCAAUGGGGCAGUAUGACGCGGAGGCGGUCCUGCUGGUGUCGCUGGCUGAGACGCCCAUAACGCUGACGGCACACCAGGUCACCAGCAUGCCCUGGAAGCAGUUCGUGCGCCUCAUGAAGGCGUAUAUAGGGGCGAUAGGGCAGCUGCUGCCGGAGGCGGAGGCGCAGCCGAAGAGCGAGGCGGCGCGGCGCGCGGAGCAGCUGGGCCGCGAGGCCAUGUACAUCGGCAGCUGCCUGGCGGCCGGCAUCCCCCGCCACACGCGCACGCUCUAUUGCCUCAAGCUGCAGGAGUCCGGGCCCGAGCACUCGCGCGCGCCGGCGCAGCUCUGGGCCGCCAUCACCCUCCACCUCAACCUGUCGCCAACCCAGCGCCAGGAGAUAAUCCGGCGGCGCAAGGCGUUCCUGACGGCAAUGGCGGAGCUGCUGCGGCGGCGGCGCGCGAUCCAGGGCAGCCUGCCGGCGACUGACAACCUGCCAGAGGGCAGCAUCGCGGGCCUCUCCACCGACUACCUGCGCACCGCCGACGCCGUGGAGCGCAUGCAGCACAACCUGGAGAAGGACCACUCCCUCGUGCGCCGCUUCACCGGCGGCAUCGUUCACCAGGUGUGGACGCCGCUGCAGUUUGCGCGUGCGCUGGUGCAGAGCUUCCCCUGGACGCCCGACCCGCUCUCAAUCGCCAACUGCGUGGCCGAAGCCGCGCGCGAGCCCAGCGCCGCGGAGCUGCUCUCCGGGCGCAGCGGCUCGCUCGGCUCCAUUGGCAGCGGCGGCGCCAUCAGCACCCCCAACGGGGACUACAGCCGCCUCGUCGGCUGGAAUUUCAACGUUCCCUCCUCGGCGCGCCCCGCUGCGGCCGCGCCUGGCCGGCCGGCCAGCAGCGUCCCCUCUCAGAGCGUGUCCGGGGGCGCCCGGCAGUCGCAGGGCGGCAGCGGAAGCUUCAUGCAGCAGUGA